UUACCGGAAAAGGAAGUGAUGUCAUCGCUGACCGAACUCCGGAAUAGAAACCUUUGGUUUUUGGGAUGUGUACCGUAGUAGACAUACUUUUAACCAGAAAUGAUUUUCAAAAAGCGAGCAUUUGUUUUUGACUUAUAUAAUAAUCACGGUACGACCGAUAAAAGGCUACGAUAACGUUGUAUUAGUCACAACUCGUAAAGAGCAUCACUCCGGGAGCAAUGGUAGUUGGCCAUCUCGAUUCUGCUUCCUCUGUGGCUGUACACAUGUUAGCUCGUCCGCUAACUUUGGCGACUCGUUAAAACAUUUCAAGUGGUUUGCUAGAAGCGAGGAUUCUGAACGAUUUGAAAAAUUUAAAUGUUCUUUUAACGUAAUUUCCCCCGGUGUCUGUCGAACAGCAUUUAGCAAGUAAUGCAGCGUUAGCGACGGCACGUUAGCCACUCGCUAGCGGCGCUAUUUUUGUUGUUGCCGUUGCUGAAUGGUUCCUAUUUGAAGCCAGCCACCUAACAUAAUGAAGGCAAAGCGGGGCAGUCAUUCAAAGGGCAGCACCAAAUCCCACAAGUGGAAGGACGUCAGGGGCAAAGUUUGCAGACCCCCCAUCGACCCCUCUGACCUCAACUCUAGCCAGGCCAUGGCCCGCAUGAUCAAGGAGCACCGGGAGACCACCAAGAAGAAGCCCACCGUGAAGAGACUGAAGACCAAGGCAAAGCCAGUGGCCGGGAACAAGUCCUUCAGCAAUGGCGCCAUGGAGUUGGAUUCUGACGAGUCUCAGGAGUGGAAGCACUAUGCCCAGUCCGUCCAAGUCAAUGGGGUCACGAAGCAGGAGGAUGCAGCCACUUGUCGACUGGAUGGGAGGUCUCUCCAUCAGUGUGCAGAGAGGGACGCCAAGCGGAAGCACGCUUUGCUGGUCAUGCAGCAGGGAGAGAUGCUGUGUUUCCGCGGGAAGUGCUUUUUGACCUGCCUGUACGGCCGUGUGGAAGUGAUGGGCUUCACCAUCGAGGAGGGCCAGCAGUCAUACCCGCUCUUCUCUCCCGCCUCGCAUUGUCCGCUGACUGUCAGAGCCGAGGAGGGCUGUCAUGACGGUCGGGACCACAGGAGCGCCGCUUCAGACGUCCUGCACAGUUACCUUUCACCCGCGUCACAGAAGAAGCUACUUCGGAGGGUUACCCCCCAGUCCGCCAUCGUCCUGCUGGAGCCCAUGGACACGCCGCUGACACGCUUCCUCUCCAGCUUCACGGAUCUCGGCGGACUGUUCAACCCCCCUGUGGCUGAACUCACGUCGGCCAUCUUGGACACACCCCUGAAUGGUCUGGGCGUGGUCCCUCUGGCCGCCGACAUCGAGGGGUUGAAGGUGUCGCCCAGCUGCCAGGAUUCCCUGGACGCCGUGGUGGGCGCCUGUCGAGGGGACAUGGACGGCUGCACGGUGGUCCUCGUCUAUGGCGCCAAGAACGUGGGCAAGUCCACGUAUAUCCGCAUCCUCAUCAAUACUUUACUCAAUCAUACCACCAGUGUGGACUAUUUAGAAGCAGAUGUUGGUCAAACAGAAUUCACCCCAACCGGUUGCCUUUCUUUGCUGACCGUCACAGAGCCUCUACUAGGCCCCCCCUUCACACAUCAGUGUACUCCAGACCACAUGGUUUACUACGGCCAGUCGUCCUGCGAGUCAGACUUGGGUCGCUACCUGGAAAGCCUCAUGUCCUUGUGGAGGAAACGCCCCCCCAGCAAAGACACGCCCCUGGUCAUCAACACCAUGGGCUGGGUCAAAGGUUUGGGGCUGCAGCUGCUGGUGGAUUUGCUGCGCUUCCUCCCGGUGUCGCACGUCAUCCAGCUGUCUCACGGCGGCGCUCCGCAGUGCCCGGCGCUCACACCGGACUUCCUCAGGAUGGCCGAUGGCUUCCAGACGCACCCGCCGACCCAGACGGCGCUGGACGAGCUGACGGAGAGCCACGGCCCGCCGCGCAGCUACCUCCACAUGAGCGUCACGGCCGACUUCCAGGGCGCCGGCAGCCAAGGACGGACGAAGCUCCAGCGACCCAAUGAGCAGAGAGAUGUGUCACUGUUGGCUUACCUCAGUCAGCUGCAGUCUGCUGAUCCGGGACCAGUUAGACCUCUUCACUCCCUCACGCCAUACCAGGUGCCGCACACAGCCGUGGCGUUAGGCGUGAUCCACUUUGAGGUGGCGCCCAGCGACAUGCUGUACGCCGCCAACGCGGGCCUGGUGGGUCUCUGCUGCAUGGCUGAGAAGGUGACCAGCAACGGAGGUCCAGUCCUGCUAUCCCGGGCCCCCGUCUGCCCCUGUGUGGGCCUGGGUGUGCUGCGAGGUAUCGACAUGGCGCGAGGUCUCUACUUUGUCUUGACGCCGCUGGACCCCGCCCUCCUGUGCAAGGUCAACUGUCUCCUCCUGGGGGCCACGUCUUUGCCCUCCUGCAUCCUGACCACGCAGGGAGGUUUUCAGGGCGAUCCCCCUUACGUCACUUCCAACUACAGCUUCGACCUGACCGGAGCGGGAAAGCUGCGAGUCUUCAAGGGCCUGCAGAGACCGGGUCACACGGGGACGCACUGACGCUCCCAAGUCUGGAUUGUACAGGACUGAGGUUUUGGCUGUUUUGUACAGGCGGUACUCCCUAACUGAAAGUGUCAUUAAAAACAGAAACUUUGUUCUCUUCGACGUUUUAAAAAUAACUUUGGGUGGUAGGACACAUCUAGACUCUAGUACACGUUCCAGGGUGCAGCUAUGUUGAGUUGCCACAAGGGGGCAUCAUGGGUUCAAGUAUUACAACACGUUUGCUUGUUACGUCAUGCUAAGCCCCGCCCCCUCAGCAUGUCUCACGUUCUCUUGUCUUUGUUGUAGGAAAGUUUACAUUAGCCAUACUAAUGAACAUGCCAAUAAAUUACAUUUAUUUACUGCUA